AAAAGCCCAGGACAAAUUUCGCCAAAUUGAUCCAGUUUGGCGGCACACGAAGGCCAGCGACAGCAUCUAUCGCUUCCCAACAAACUACGAGCGGCGCUGCGUCGGAUUCUCGCAUCGCGCAGCACCAAAGCACCAGCAAGCAGCCAUCCAGCCGCCGCGCCGCCGCCGCGCUGCACGCCAGCGAUGCCUUUAUACGGCGCCGUCGUCGUCGGCCCGCCCGGCGCGGGCAAGUCGACCUUCUGCGCGGGCCUGUGCCGCUACUUGUCGUUAGCGGAGCGGCCCUGCGCGCUCGUCAACUUGGAUCCCGCGUGUGAAGGCGAAGGAUUAACGAAGUUCGCUAUUGAUGUAAGGGACUUCGUGAGUGUUGAUGCUGUGAUGAAAGACCAGAAGCUGGGCCCGAAUGGUGCCUUGCGGUAUUGUCUAGAACAGCUGUGGAAGAGCAAUUGGUUGAAGGAUCAAAUUACAAGUUUGGAGGAGGACGACUGCUUUCCUUAUGUGGUGUUUGACUGUCCGGGGCAGACGGAACUCUACGUCCACGACCAUUCACUAAGAGGCAUCCUCGAUGAUGUCAGAAGAGAAUUCGACGCGCGGUUCACGGCGGCCCACUUGGUGGACGUCGCCCAGUGCGCCGUGCCUACUUCUUAUGUUGCUGCCUGUUUACUCUCAUUGACGGCGAUGCUGCGGUUGGAACUACCGCAUAUCAAUAUCUUGACCAAGAUGGACAUGGCUAAUAGAUAUGACCUGGCCAUGCCCCUCGAAUUUUUUAGAGAGGCCCAGGAGCUGCAUCGCAUCGCGCCGUUCUGCGGCGUGCAGCCUUGUAGCCUAGAUGAGGAUAAUGUCGAAGAGGAACCGUCAGCUUAUGCUCGACAACUGCAAAAACUCUCAGGGAAGAUCUGCGAGUUGGUCGAUGACUUCUCGUUGGUGUGUUAUGAACCUCUAGAUGUGUCCGACGGGGAGUCCGUCGCGAAAGUGGUGCGAUUACUAGAUAAGUGCAACGGCCACCCGUGCGGCGUCCACGCGCCUCAAUCACUUAUAGAGGACGCUACCGAAUUGUUCUUGUUACAUCGGGGCGGCACGGACGGUCCUUCAAUAAGUGUGGACGGCGACAAUAGGGGCGCGGCGGGGAGGGAUCGGGAGCCUCGACGAGCGCCGCGGACAGUGCGGACUCAUAACAUCGGGGCGCCGCCGCCCGACGUCGGUCAGCGCGGGCCGGGGUCGUUCUCGUGGUACGCUUCGUAAUAGUC